AUGAUGCGGUCCCUUCUGAAGCCUCUCGGGCAAUUGGCCGUCCUUGGCCUCGCCCUCACAGUGCCAGCUUACGCUACCCGAAACGAUAACAUUGAUGACGCCAAAGUCAUGGUUGGGGGCAACGUCGAGCUCCGGUUGAUGCCCCUCGGCGCCUCCAUCACAGAUGGCAAGGGGUCCGACGAUGGCAAUGGCUAUCGUAAAACAUUGCGGGACCUCCUCGUGGCCGACGGGAACAAAGUUGACAUGGUCGGAUCCCGCGAGUCUGGAGACAUGGAUGACAACCAAAACGAAGGUUGGAAUGGUCUGCGGAUUGAUCAAGUCCUCGAGAAAGCCAAGGCAUCGGUCCCCGAGCUACUCCCCAACCUCAUCACCAUCAACGUUGGCACCAACGACUGUGUUCAAGACUACGAUAUCGGGAACGCGGCCGGCCGCAUGGAGGAGAUGCUCAGGUACCUGUGGAAAGCCUCCUCCAAAGCAACCGUCAUAUUGUCAACGUUGCUGGUCAACGGGGACUCUGAUGUAGAAGAGAGGGUGCUGGAGGUGAACAAGCAGUUCAAGGCUCUCGCCGAAAACAUGACGGCCGAAUCGAGGAAGGUCAUCCUUGUCGACAUGCACUCGAGCGACGGACCCCAGGAGGGAGAUCUCGUUGACGGAACGCACCCAGACUCCGCAGGAUACCAGAAGAUGGCUGAGAUUUGGUUCAAGGGCAUCGAAGAUGCGGCCUCUAGAGGAUGGCUCGAAAGCCCAGAGGUGCUUCCCACCGAUGCACCUUCAACGAUGGUCUCAACGACCUCGCCAUCAACGACGCCUGGCGCGUCGAACGGAUCGAUUUCGGCGACAGGUGCGCUGGAGACUGCUUCGGCGGUGGUGGAUGACAAGGAGACUCAGUCCACAACUGACGCCGCUUCUGCAGCGCAGACAUCAGAGGGUGGCUCCAAGGCGCCACAGGCUGCUGGAUGUCCGGCCGUGGCGUUGAUCCUGGCGGUAGGGACACUGGUCCUUCUGAUAUAA